AUGAAGCGGAGACUGCUGCUGGUGUCCAACUCCACGCUGCACGGCGGCGGCUACCACCACUGCGAGCUGCAGGUCUGUCGGUUCUUCGGGAGAGACGUGAAGAGAGUUCUGUUUGUUCCGUAUGCUCUUCAUGACCGAGACGCCUACACCAAGACGGCCAGGGACAAGUUCAGCACCCUGGGUUACGAGCUGGACUCCGUCCACGAGGCGCAGAGCCCUGUGGAGGCCGUGAGGCGAGCAGAGGCCAUUUUCAUAGGAGGAGGAAACACUUUCCGGCUGCUGAAGAGUCUCUAUGACAACGAGGUGUUGACGGAGAUCAGGAGGCGGGUGCUCGAGGACGGCGUCCCCUACAUGGGCUCCAGCGCCGGCACCAACGUGGCCACCGUCAGCAUCAGCACCACCAACGACAUGCCCAUCGUCUACCCGCCGGCCUUCGCCGCCAUCGGCCUCGUCCCCUUCAACAUCAACCCGCACUACGUGGACCCCGACCCCGGCAGCCGUCACAUGGGGGAGACCAGAGAGCAGAGGAUCACCCAGUACCAUGAAGAAACCGAUACCCCAUGUGUCCUGGGUCUGAGGGAGGGCUCUCUGCUGCUGGUGGAGGGCAACACAGCCUCCCUACUGGGAACCACCAAGGCCCGACUCUUCACCAGGGGAAAGCCGCCGGUGGAGUACGACCCGGGUAGUGACCUCAGCUGCCUGCUGACACGCUGACCAAUCAGAGGGACUCGGGACGCUUUGAUGGACAGGAGGCAGAAAAACUAAAUAAAUAUUUCAGCAACACUCCAGGUCUCUGCAAACGCCUUUUGUUUAAGAGACUUGAGGUACUUUAUACUGCAUCUCAAAGAGUUUAGUUAUUAUUCUAUUCAAUCUAAUUCAACUUGGUUCUUCAGAAUUGCAUGCUGGGUAAUGUGCAAAGUAGUACCUGGGUUCAA